GGCCUCUUGGAAAGAGAUCAUAACAACAACACCCUGUAACACGUCUACAAACACACAGCCCUGAAUUCAUCGACAUAAAGCACCGACACCAAAGAGUGAAGGGUGAAUUAUGAAUUAUGCUGAUUGCUGAGCCAAGAGACACCUUUGGAGCCAUUGAUAGCAGAAAGAAAAGCAUCAUGGAGUUCCCAGUUCAGGAGGUCUUCCAUUAUAAGGACCAGGACCAUUUCCCUCAGCUGCUCUUGCAGCUCAACAGUUUGAGACAGGAGAGGGUCUUCAUUGACUUGCUCCUUUGUUCUGACAACCAGGAGAUCCCCUGCCACCGCAACAUACUAGUCUCAAGCAGUCCCUACUUCAAGGCCAUGUUCUGCAACAACUUCAGAGAGACCCAACAGAAUAGAAUCAACUUGAAGGGGGUCUCUGCCACCAUCCUAAGCUCCAUGGUGGACUAUGUCUACACAGGCCAAAUCACUAUCACCAUGGAGAACGUGCUGCCGUUGAUGCAGUCAGCAUCCAUGCUGCAGUACGGCCACCUGUUUGAGGCCUGCUCCGUGUUCCUCCAGGGCCAGCUGAGCCCAGACAAUUGCCUGAGCAUGGUGCGUCUGUCUAAGAUCCUCGAUUGCACCAGCCUGAGGGAGAAGGCCAGGGAGAUGGCCAUGAGGAGCUUCUCUGAUGUGGUGGAGUCGGAGGACCUGCGCGAGCUCUCGCUGCCGGAGCUGAUGGGCUACCUGGAGGACGACGGCCUCUGUGCCGAGGAGGAGCAGGUGUUCGAGGCGCUCCUGGCUUGGAUCCACCACGACCCCUUCUCACGACACGGAGCCAUACACGACCUCUUCAAGAAGGUUCGUCUUCGCUACAUCCACCCCACUUACCUGUUCCAGUUCAUCGCCAGCGACCCUCUCAUUCAGUCCUCCAGCUUAUGCACUGAGGUCAUCGAGUCCGUCCGCCGCCUUCUGUUCUCCGUCAGCUCCCUGGUUGCUGGCGACCUGAAUGCCCUGUGGGGAGCUCCACGUCGUUACGCCUGCUGUGAGACGCUGGUCCUGGUGGGAGGAAGGAAGAACAACGAGCAGACUUCCAGGGAAGCCAUUCUCUAUGACGAGCAUACUCAGCAAUGGCAGUGGCUGGCUAAGCUGCCUGUCCCCCUCUACAAGGCCUCCUAUGUCAGCAUCCAUAGCAUUUUAUAUGUGCUGGGAGGCCUGACCAUAAACACACAACCCAUCCAGGUCUGCACAACCGUAUACACGCUCUCCCUCAAGACCAACCACUGGAGAGAGGCUGAGCCCUUGCUGGAGCCACGUUUCGCCCACCAGAGUGUUUCCUACCUACACUUCAUCUUCGUCCUGGGGGGCAUCUGUCCAGACAGGAAGGUGUGUGACUCAGUGCAGAGGUACAACAGCAUGUUUAACCAAUGGGAAGCCGUGGCGCCCAUGCCUGAGGCUGUGCUCAACCCGGCUGUGGCCGCCCACAAUCAGAGGAUCUACAUGUUUGGGGGAGAAGAUGCCAUGCAAAACCCUGUCAGGAUGAUACAGGUGUACCAUAUUGCCCGAAAUCUAUGGUCUAAUAUCGAAACCAGAACAGUGAAGAAUGUUUGUGCCCCUGCCACUGUUCUAAAUGACAAAAUCUACAUUAUUGGAGGUUACACCAGGAGAAUGAUGGCCUACGACACCAAAGCCAACCGGUUCAUCAAGUGUGCCAACCUGAAGGAGCGAAGGAUGCACCACUCUGCUGCUGCCCUCAACAACAAGCUCUACGUGACAGGGGGACGCUACAUUAAUGGACAGGAUGUUAUCGAGGACUCUGACAGUUUCGAGAGCUAUGACCCAAAGACAGACACAUGGACCUCAAAAGGGACACUCCCCUACAAACUAUUUGACCAUGGCUCCCUGUCCAUGAUAUCUAUCUCUGACAAAUCAAACCCUUCAAGGGUUUGAUUUGCCUGUCAGACAGUCAGACAACACAGUGAUAGCUAGCAUUAGCUAUCACAUAAAUCAUUGCCUGUUAUUUGAGAACGCCCGUUAUUAAUUAAACAUUCCUCUUAAUUUAUGUUGAUGACAUUGCUGAUCUUACAGUUAGCAUUCAUAGCUUACUUGAUUAUUAAUUUAAAAAUGAAAUCCACUAAACAGAAAUAGCACAUGGAUAGCAUGAGCAGAAAAUUGGUUAUUACUGCAUUGUUUGCUACCUUAGCAAACCUCUUUGUGUUGCCUCAUAGAUUUGGGGUGUUGUAUUUAUUCAUUGAUGUGAUUUGGUAUUUUUGUAUGUAUUUUCUGAUUAAUAAAAGCAAAUUUCACCCCUAAGACUGUGAUGGUAAGAUAUUGUAAGCCUUUCAACUCUAGCUAUCACUGUGUGGCAUAAAUCAUUGCCUGUUAUUUGAGAACGCCCGUUAUUAAUUAAACAUUCCUCUUAAUUUAUGUUGAUGACAUUGCUGAUCUUACAGUUAGCAUUCAUAGCUUACUUGAUUAUUAAUUUAAAAUGAAAUCCACUAAACAGAAAUAGCACAUGGAUAGCAUGAGCAGAAAAUUGGUUAUUACUGCAUUGUUUGCUACCUUAGCAAACCUCUUUGUGUUGCCUCAUAGAUUUGGGGUGUUGUAUUUAUUCAUUGAUGUGAUUUGGUAUUUUUGUAUGUAUUUUCUGAUUAAUAAAAGCAAAUUUCACCCCUAAGACUGUGAUGGUAAGAUAUUGUAAGCCUUUCAACUCUAGCUAUCACUGUGUGGCAUAAAUCAUUGCCUGUUAUUUGAGAACGGCCGUUAUUAAUUAAACAUUCCUCUUAAUUUAUGUUGAUGACAUUGCUGAUCUUACAGUUAGCAUUCAUAGCUUACUUGAUUAUUAAUUUAAAAUGAAAUCCACUAAACAGAAAUAGCACAUGGAUAGCAUGAGCAGAAAAUUGGUUAUUACUGCAUUGUUUGCUACCUUAGCAAACCUCUUUGUGUUGCCUCAUAGAUUUGGGGUGUUGUAUUUAUUCAUUGAUGUGAUUUGGUAUUUUUGUAUGUAUUUUCUGAUUAAUAAAAGCAAAUUUCACCCCUAAGACUGUGAUGGUAAGAUAUUGUAAGCCUUUCAACUCUAGCUAUCACUGUGUUGUCUGACAGGCUCUUUGCAGUCAAGUGACACAAGAGGAAACUUGAGAAGCACAUAGAUCUCACAUCCGAAGGCGAACCACUCGUGCUAUUCAUGCCCAGAUGGGUUUAAGUGAUAUUGCAAAAAAUCAAAAUAUGUGGAAAAUGUAAUAUGAUAACAAAACUGUAAAACAAGUAGCAGAUUAUGUAUUCAUACAAUACACAUUAUACAUAAA